UUCAAUGACGAGUUUACGUAGAGACGUGGAAAACGUCUAAACGGAAACUUCCAGGGUUUCUUCCUUAGCUAGCUGAAGCUACAUUGUGCACUAUUGUUGUUAAGCAAUAGUAAAUAUAUUAGCUACCGAUAUAAUUUCUAACAAGGUUUUAAGUUAGCUAGUUACGUUGUAUCAUUAGACUUAAAUCUAUUAUUUUCACUUUUAACGUGCUCUUGCUACAAGCAAAUUUUAGCCUGCUAGCUAGGUAGCUAGAAUGACAAGUAGGAUAGACUACAGCGUGUGGGACCACAUUGAGGUUUCAGAUGAUGAAGAUGACACUCAUCCAAACAUCGAUACACCCAGCCUUUUCAAAUGGAGACAUGAGGCGCGUGUGGAACGAAUGGACCAGUCCAUAAAGGCUGGUGAGGACCUUGAGAAGGGGCUAGCUGAAUGUAAGCGCAAGUUGACUGAAGCACAGAAGAAGACAAAGAAUCUGUCCAGUUCAGUCACGGAUGAUGCCAAAGCCGAGCUGAGCAAGGCACAGGCCGAGGAGAAGAGGCUGAAGAAGGAGGAGCGAGACUGGGAGAAGAAACUGGAGGACCAUCGGCGGGAAGAGAAGAAGAUGCCAUGGAGCGUAGACACACUCUGCAAGGAGGGCUUCAGCAAGAGUGUUAUGAACAUUAAGCCAGAUGUGAAGGAGGAGACCGAGGAGCAGAAAGAGCAGAAACACAAGACCUUUGUGGAGAAGUAUGAGAAAGAGAUCAAACACUUUGGUAUGAUGAAACGCUGGGACGACAGCCAGAAGUACCUAUCAGACAACCCUCACCUGGUGUGUGAGGAGACGGCCAACUACCUAGUCAUCAUGUGCAUUGAUCUGGAGGUGGAGGAGAAGAAAGCGCUGAUGGAGCAGGUGGCUCACCAGACCAUAGUGAUGCAGUUCGUCCUGGAGCUGGCUAAGAGCCUAAAGGUGGAUCCCCGCGGUUGCUUCCGUCAGUUCUUCGCCAAGAUAAAGACUGCAGAUCAGCAGUAUCAGGAUGCCUUCAAUGAUGAGCUGGAGUCCUUUAAGGAGAGGGUGCGUGGCAGGGCCAAGAUUCGGAUCGAGAGGGCCAUGAAGGAGUACGAAGAGGAGGAGAGACAGAAACGCCUGGGGCCCGGAGGACUGGAUCCUGCUGAGGUGUAUGAGUCCCUACCUGAGGAGAUGCAGAAAUGUUUUGACGAGAAGGACAUUGCAAUGUUGCAGACUGUUAUCACUAAGCUGGACCCAACGGAGGCUAAGGUCCACAUGAAGAGAUGCAUUGACUCUGGCCUCUGGGUCCCUAACUCACGGGCAGACGAGGGAGACGACAAGGAGGAAGACGCUACUUAUGAAGAGCUGAAUAAGGAGAUGGGUGAACAGAAGAUUGAAUGAUUGACAUGAAUUGACUUUACGAUGAUGAUAUUUUCCUCUAUGUAGUCAUCACUUCUAUUGCUACUCCCAAUGUUUGUUCAUGAAUUUCUCCUUAACGCUUUGGAACAAUGUAACCUCGCUGUGGUGAAGUCCACUCUUUGUGGACAACAGUAUCACACCAAUAUCACUUGCUGAAUGCUUUUCUUUUUUUUAACAUAAUUCUUGCUUGGGCCUUAUUCGUAAAGCUGUGUUCUUAAACAUGUGUGUGCCUGUACAUAGUCUCUUUGGGUGUGUGUGUCAGCCAACCAGCCAAUCUGUUGUUUACCUUGUAUUUGUGUGCUUUCAGUUGCUGGGGAACAUUGUUUCUCUUUUUCAUUCAAUAGUCUCACUACUGGUUCUACAUGUAUAGGGAUAGGCAUGGCAGGAUUUUAGUUCUUGAUGUGAUAGAAUUAUACAUAGUGAUGUAACGUGGGAUAGCCUAGUAACUGAGGUUGAAAUUGAAUCAUAUCAACAUGUGACAUUUUGAAUCCAGUGUACUGGCCCCUUAUGACCUUUUUGCUCAUUGUUUUCUCUCCUUAAUUUGACCAGCAGUUGUCCCCUCCUAUCAACUUUUAAGUUGAUGGGAGAAUCACUUUUAUGAGUAUUAUUUGCUAUUAAAAAUAACACUGAUGUGGUUUACAUGA